AUGACAUCUGUUCGACCUUUUUUAUAUAAUCAACGAAAACUUCAUGAGGCAUAUAGUUCAAAACCUCUUGAGCAAAAAUUCAAAAUUGUUGGAGCAAGUUCAAGAAUAACAGAAGAAGUAAGUUCAAUUCAGCCAAAUAAAGCCAGUCAUAUUGUUGCUUAUUUCACCAAAAAUGAAAAUCCAGAACAAAGAUUUGUAACCCAAAGGGAGAAGCGAUGGAAAGAUAAUCGAAAAAAUAUUGCUAUAAUAUUAGCACAGUUACAUGCUCAAGAAUUGGCUAAAUCUAAAAAAGAAAAAAAAUCAAAUAAAAGAAACGCUCAAGAAGGUUUGAUUGAAAUUCCAAAUAUUGAAACUGCUAAUAUAUGUACAAAUUUUCCAUUAGAGAUAGGAGAUUAUGUAUUUGUUCGAUAUGAUUUACAGAUGUGCGUUGGACGAGUUGAAGCUUUGUAUUUUGAGGCAUACAAUCACCAUUGUUAUACUCGUGAAGCCAUUAAAGACCUUAACGAUAUUUCAUAUAUUUCGCUACAUGUAUUUAUGCCUUUAUAUUUGGAAUUAUUUACUGAUAAGAUUAAGGAAGGUUGUUAUAUCCUUACACAUCAAAUUCCUUCAAAUAUUGUAUAUCAUAUUAAACAGGAUGGGGUAGUAGUUGAGGGAAAUUUUCUAAGAUUAGUUGGCAAUGAAAAGCGAUACUAUUUUAAUUAUUUUGAACGAGAAGAUAUUAUUGAAAAAAUGUUAAAAUAA